GCCUCAAUGAAAACAUAUUACCACUUAGCUACAAAGCUAGUAACACCUUUCAAACUGUUGACGGCACAACACCCGCCGACCUGGGAUGUCUGCAACCGACUGGUACGCUCACAAAUCGCUCGGAGACGGACUGUUCUGGAUCCAGGAGCGGUUCUACCAGUCAGAAAACCGGGCCAACAUCUGGUUGCUCCGCGGUAGCCACCAGGACGUGGUGAUAGACACGGGUCUGGGCUUGAGGAGCUUACCUGACUACAUCGACGCCAAGGGGCUGCUCGGAAAAGACCCGGAGAGGAAGAACCCGCUGCUGGCCAUCGCCACCCACGCCCACUUCGACCACUCGGGCGGUCUACAUCAGUUCCAACAAGUGGGCGUCCACAGCGCGGAGGUCGAUGCUCUGGCCAACGGGGACAACUUCGAGACGGUCACCUGGCUCAGCGAUCGGGAGAUAGCCGAGGCUCCCAGUCCAGGCUGGAGGGCGAGACACUACAAAGUGAAGGCUGUGCAGCCCACACACAUUCUGCAGGAGGGUGAUGUCAUUAAUCUGGGCGACAGACAGCUGACGGUACUUCACAUGCCAGGUCACUCCAGAGGAAGCAUUUGCCUCCACGACCGCGACAAUAAGCUGCUGUUCAGUGGAGACGUUGUGUAUGAUGGCGCCAUGAUCGACUGGCUGCCUUUCAGCCGUGUCACUGAUUACAUCAGCAGCUGUGAGCGUCUGGUGGGACUGGUGGACAGUGAGCAGGUGGACCAGGUCCUCCCUGGACACUACAACGCUUUUGGCGCCAAGCGUCUCCAUCGUCUUGCAUCCACAUACAUCAGCAGAGCCGGAACGUGCUCUGCAAAGUUCUCCACGUUGGCCUGGAGCUCUGUAGCCAGGUUGGCGCUGCGUGCAUCCAACCCUCGCAGCGCCUGCUAAUGAGAGCAGACCAUGGAGCCGAAGGAAGCACAAGUGCACACAGGAAGAUGUUUCACUAUCAAGGACCUACAAUUAGUUGAACAAGGAGGAGACCCAAACCUCUUUAUUACCUAACCUGAUGACUCUCUGCUCAUCCAUUUAUGUAAUCCAACAGCA